UAAAAUUCUGGAAAAAUCAAAAGAUUCAGAUUUUGGUUCACCUUACCCUCUCAUCCUCUAGUGCAAAAUAAUUUUCUUAAAACCCCAAAUCUGCUCUUAUCUUCCUUCUCAAAGCUGCUCUAUACUGCUAAAAGCUUAAAAAGUCAAAACCAGGUACUCCUAUAUUUGUUCAUAUUGUUAAUCAAAAGGUAAAUAUUUAGUGUUGGGUUCAGGUUCUUUCCAAGUUUCAUGGAACAACUCAUGUGCAUAUUGUAGAAAAAUGGCAUCUUUCCCACUUGUUUCAAAUGACAGAUUAUUAAUUACUCACAAGAAAUGGAAACCCCAUAUUGGGAAUUUUGAAUCUUUAACAAGUUUCAAGAAUCAAUCUUGCUCACUACCCAAUUCUUGUUUUACCUCAAGAUUAUGUAUAUCUCAGUGUAGGUACAAGAAAUGGAUGCUCCAUUUUGGUAAUUUUGAUCUUUUUAGGAGAUUAAAGAAUCAAUCUUGCUCAUUAUCCAAUUCUUGUUUUACCACAAGUACUGUUCUUUUUCUGGGGUUGAAUUAUAGGUCUCAAAGUAGACUACUGCUUUAUAGUAGUGGGUUUAGGUCAAUGGUAAAUGAGAAGGGAGAUAUAGAAACCCAUUUGAAUAAAACAGGAAGUAGUACUAUUCGUAGGAAGUUUUCGUUGAGAUUGAGACCAAGGAUAAGAUUAUUGUCAAGAUGGUUGAAAAGGGUAUCUGUUAAAUCUAUGUUAAAUGAUUUUGGGAAUUUUCUGAGGAAGAACACAAGAAGAGUGACACUGUCAACUUCAAUUUCAGUGGUAUUGGGCUUGUGUUAUUUGUUUUUAAGAUUGACAACAACUCCUUCUCCAAAGGUUGUUCCAUAUUCAGACUUGAUUACCAGUCUUCAGGGAGGAUCUGUAUCCAAGGUUCAAUUUGAGGAAGGCACGCGGCGUAUUUACUACAAUACAAACUUGUGGAGUCUUAAAAAUGCUCAGACAGGUGAUGAUAAUUCCUUAGUUCCUGCAGAAACAGCAAUCAUCACUGAGCAAAGCAAAGAUAUAGAUAGCAACAAAGUUGGAAGGAAUGUCUUCAGUAAAAUAUCAAAAGCACAAGGUUCUACCCCUGUAUGGCAGUUUAGUACAAGGAAGAUUGAUCAUGAUGAAGGAUAUCUUCUUAGUCUAAUGAGGGAAAAGGGAACAGCAUAUGGCUCAGCCCCACAAUCAGCACUUAUGUCAAUUAGGACCUUAUUAAUUACUAUGUUAUCUUUAUGGAUUCCUUUGACUCCUAUAAUGUGGCUUCUCUAUCGCCAGCUUUCUGCUGCCAAUAGCUCUGCAAGAAAAAGAAAGCCAAGUAACCAGGUGGUUGGCUUUAAUGAUGUGGAGGGCGUGGAUGCUGCAAAAGUGGAACUUAUGGAGAUAGUGUUGUGCCUGCAAGGAGCUAUAAACUUCAGUAAACUAGGGGCGAAGUUACCAAGAGGUGUACUGCUUGUAGGUCCACCAGGGACAGGAAAAACGCUACUAGCUCGUGCUGUGGCAGGAGAAGCAGGAGUACCCUUUUUUCCCGUUUCUGCUAGUGAAUUUGUUGAGAUGUUUGUUGGAAGAGGAGCAGCUCGCAUUAGAGACCUUUUCAGUGUAGCAAGAAAGAAUGCUCCUUCAAUCAUUUUCAUUGAUGAACUUGAUGCUGUCGGAGGAAAGCGUGGCAGGAGUUUCAAUGAUGAAAGAGACCAAACUUUGAAUCAGUUGCUUACAGAGAUGGACGGCUUUGAAUCGGACUUGAAUAUCAUUGUAGUUGCUGCAACUAAUAGACCAGAAGCUCUAGAUCCAGCACUAUGUCGGCCUGGACGUUUCUCCAGGAAAAUCUUAGUGGGGGAACCUGAUGAAGAUGGGAGGAGAAAGAUCCUGGCUGUACACUUAAGAGAUGUUCCCCUUGAGGAGGACCUGGAGCUUGUAUGUAACCUGGUAGCAUCUCUUACCCAGGGCUUUGUAGGUGCUGACCUUGCUAACAUUGUAAAUGAAGCUGCUUUGCUUGCUGCUCGGAGAGGGGCUGAUUGUGUCUCAAGGGAAGAUAUAAUGGAAGCCAUAGAAAGAGCAAAAUUUGGGAUUAAUGACAAGCAAUACACCCAAAGUGCAAUAGGCAAGGAACUGGAGAAACUGUUCCCUUGGGUUCCUUAUUUCAUGAGGAAGACCAGUACAAGAAGUGAUGCAAUACAAGGACCUUUGGGGUAUCAAGCACUCAGCUGAGAUAUAUGAUCUUAUUAACCAUCUUGUUUGUAUAAUGUUUUUUACCCCACAUAAUCAAGAAUGUAAUGCAAUGUUAAAAAUGGUUGGUGAUUAUUCAUAUUGCGGACCUCAACUUGUUUGGAAGUUGGUUUGAAUGGUAGCAUUCAUUUAAACCAUUGUUGCAAAAAGAAUAGAAAAGGGUCAAUAAUGGUCCUAAAGUAUGCAAAUUUUUUCAUAUUUGCCCUUUGUU